UGCACUGCCUCCACAGGCUGCUUGCACAACAGCCAGCACAAAUCUCUUCUGCCUGCCCCGACCCGUCGCAACCAUGCUGUCUUUCUUUAAACCACACAGAGGCCAUUUACGUUCCCUCCUUAGCCAAACCUGCGAAAGCUAUGCGGCUUCUCCACUUUGACCAGCUAGAGAGACUUGUCUUGACAGACUUCCGCGGCAAGACGAUUCCCCCCUACGCCAUCCUAUCGCAUAGAUGGAGCGAUUCUGAGAUCCUCCUCGAAGACAUAGCGAGCGGAGUCUACAAGGACAGGCAAGACGGUUAUCAAAAGCUUGAGUUCUGCGCCAAGCAGGCGACCCAGGACAAUCUGCAGUUCUUCUGGAUCGACACAUGCUGCAUCGACAGAUGGGACCUUCAUGAGCGCUCAAAAUCGAUCAACUCGAUGUUCCAGUGGUACAAGAAUGCGACGCGAUGCUACGUCUUCUUGUCAGAUGUCUCAUUGCCUACUGCGACGGAGUCAUCCCAGCGCAGCAAGUGGGAGGCGCUGUUCCGAGCAAGCGCAUGGUUCACUCGAGGAUGGACACUCCAAGAGCUCAUCGCGCCUGUGUCAGUACAGUUUUUUACCAUCCCACUCGAGGCACUGCGCAACUGUCCUCCGGACCAUUUCAACAUGUCCGAGCGACAGCGAUGGGCCGAAAAUCGCACAACAACCGAAGAAGAAGACAUCAUAUACUGCCUGCUUGGAAUCCUUGGCAUCUCUAUGCCCACUGCGUAUGGUGAAGGAAAGGAGAGUGCACGAAGUAGACUGCAGGCAGAAGUGGAGGCAGCUGAUAACGUACCAUCGAUAAUUCCGUUCUCGCGCAACCCUGGCCUUGUCGGACGAGAGGCGCAGCUUGCCAAACUAGAAGCAGAGCUCUUUAGCAAUGAGCAUACAACUACUACGCUAGCAAUAGUCGGGCCGGGUGGAACAGGAAAGUCGCAGCUCGCGCUUGAGGUGGCACACAGGAUAAGGCAGAAUAGCAAGCACUGCUCCGUUUUCUGGAUAGAUGCGAGCGACAAAGACGGCCUCUACCAGUCGUAUGCAAGUGUUGCGCAGAAGCUUAGUAUCGCUGAUUGGGACGAUGAUCAGCCAGACAUAAAGCGUAUGAUGCAACAAUGUGUGGCAGAACUGAGUGCACGGCAGUGUUUACUGAUUUUCGACAAUGCAGAAGACACGGUUCUGCGAUCCAGUAGCUCAUCCACUGCGAAAGCUGGUGACCUGGCUGACUAUCUGCCGCAGUCUACGCUUUGUUCUAUCGUAUUCACGACAACAAAUAGCGACACAGCUAAGACGCUUGCCUCAAAUAAUAUCAUAGCGCUGCGAGAGCUCACACCGAACACUGCGCUAAUGGUGCUACAAAACCGCCUCGCAAACCCACUCUCGGAUACUAGACAGCUGCGGGAAGCUGAGCUCUUGCUAAGAGAACUAUCAUAUCUGCCUCUUGCAGUUGUCCAGGCAGCAGCCUGCAUAAACGCUAGCGGCAUGGCGGUACAGGAGUACCGAGCACAACUAGACGAGCAUAAAGAAGCAGCUUUCGAGCGUAUUAGCUCUCUAGGGAGCAAUCUGUAUGGACAUAGCACAGAUGAUCCUGUAGCCGCUACACUGUUUGUGUCUAUGGGCCACGUCUAUAAGAAUGUGCUCGCCGUAGACUAUCUGUUCCUUGCUGCAUGUGUAGAACGAAAGGACGUUCCACUUGAUCUUUUUGAGGCAGCUUCAUCAAGCGUGAGGGAAGAUGCUUUUAUGGUCCUUGACAAAUAUGCGCUUGUUUCCAGGCGCCCUGCAGACUCUUCGCUCGAUAUUCAUCGAUUAGUGCAUCGCGCCCUGCGUAAUGGAGACGAGCAAGACGAAGCUCGGAGCAGACCAUCCUUCCACGCUGAUCAGCAUGGCCAAUCUGGCAUCGACAUACAGGAACCAAGGCCGAUGGGAGGAGGCGGAGAAGCUACAGGUGCAGGUGAUGGAGACGAGCAAGAUGAAGCUCGGAACGGACCAUCCAGACACGCUGAAUAG